GCUUGUGUUUAUUUCCUUUUCAUGUUCUUGCUGAGUCUGGAAUAGUGUCCUUUUUUUAUUCCCUCUUGUCUUAAACUUAUACAAUUUUGUAUUUUUUUCACAGUUGGAGCGGAAUCCUGCAUGUUACAUAUUCCUCCAAGUGACAUGUUGUUAGAAACAAAAGUGGCAGUUCAAUUGGAACACUUCCAAUGCGGGGUUGCAAGAAGAACUGCAUAUAUUAUCCUGUAUCGUUACGGGAGAUACAGAAAGAAAAGGAGUUCCAUUGCGGCAGGAGAUCUAUUUGAGGUGUCUGAUUCAGAGACUGGAAGGUUGAUUGAUGACCGACCACAUCAGGAUGCAGCAAUUGACAUUGAUUUGUCGCAGUUUUUUGGACAAUGCAGGGACUUUGGCUCUUGCCGAGGCUGGACCAUGGCAAUCCUUACUGGGCUCGUAAUGCUGGAAGGUCCCAAUCUCUCACGAAGGCGAGAAUAAUGUCAGUUUGCAGCAUUGCCUAUGUAGCUAAAAGAUAUCAUCAGUUGUUUUUGCCUCUUCAGUAAAGGGUCCUAACUAAGUUUCUAAUUUUGUAGAUUGAUACAUAUGACUUUCCCUCUUCAGUAAAGGGUAAUUGUAUCAGAUUUGUUCUUGCAAUUGGUUGCAUAUUGCUUCAUGAAACCAUUCGAAAGGUUUUGUCUCAAAUUUGUCAUUGUUAUAAUUUACAACUAAUAUUAAGUUUCUAA